UCUACCGCUAAGACAAUAACAUCGAAAUUGCAGAUCCUAGUUGCUUUAUACGUAUUAUUCCUACAAAAUGCCUGGCCAACGUCAAUGCAUAGUGGUCAACAUGCGCUCCGCCAUCGCUCUGAUCGUAAUCUUUGUGCUGACAGGGAUUAGGAACAGCGAGACGGCCAGCGGUGGCAACCAGAUGGAUCUGUCGGAUGCGAAAGGUGAUCACAAAGAUAAUACGAGUAAUAACAAUGGCAAUGGAAAUGCCAAUGGUAAUAGCAACGACAACGAGGUGCACAUGACGCCACUGGUCUCCAAGAACGGCGGUGGGAGCCUGGACAACACAACCGCCCACAGCAGCAGCAGCAGCAGCAGCAGCAAUGGGAACAACAAUAAUAUGCUGUGCCCAUACGACAAGGAUACGCCCUGCGAGCGCCUGCAGUUUCCAUGCAUUCGGUGUGCCUACAACAAUGCCUGUUUGUACGGACGGGAUGUGAACGUAACCUGCGAGAUCAUCGGGAAUGUGCAGUGCCAAGGCGAACGGAGCUUCCAGCGCCAGAUGAACUGCAGAUACUGCUACCAGACGGAGAUGUGGCAACAGAACUGCUAUCAGCAUGCCAACUGCAAUUCCAUAGCAGAUAAGUAUUAUCGCACCAAUUGCACCGUGCACCAGGAUGUACUGUGCCUGGGCAAUCGCUCCUUUACCCGCAAUCUACGGUGCAACUGGACGCAGGGCUAUCGCUGGAGCACCGCCCUCCUGAUCAGCCUCACCUUGGGCGGCUUUGGGGCCGAUCGCUUCUACUUGGGCCACUGGCAGGAGGGCAUUGGCAAGCUGUUCAGCUUCGGGGGACUUGGCGUUUGGACGAUCAUCGAUGUUCUGCUCAUUUCGAUGCAUUAUCUGGGCCCUGCGGAUGGAUCACUGUAUAUUUAGUUUGACUUUAAGGGGGGGAUGGGACUAGAAGAUGGGGAAAUUCUGCACGCCAAAAGCAUAGACUAAAAACAAUGUUUCCAUUAUUGUGUAUAUUAAAAAUAAUAGGUAAUAACUAUUUAAUGAUUACAAGAUUGUAAGAAAAUGUGUUAAGUAAUAGGAUUGAACCUUCGGAAGGUUGCUGAGAUGAAGUGAAAUAAAUAUAUGAUUCAAUUGUAAGUGGAAAA